UGAAAGUCCAGCAUCAGAGCAUGGGAUUUUUUUGCAGCUAUGUUAGGUUGUUGGUUCCAGAUUUUUGUUGAAUGCUUCUUAAUCACAGCCACUUGCGCUGAGUCACAGCAAGAGGGGCGGGCCUUUCAGCCAUUUAAACCCCUUGAAUUUCAUUGGUAUUUUGAACACAGGAAGCUCAGAAUUCCUGCAGCUUUGAGACAUUUGUCAGACAUCAGCAUUGUCUGAAAAUUUUGUCUCUUCACACCUGUGUGUUUUAGAAUGAUUGAUAGCAGAGAGAGAGAGUGUGUGUGUUUUGGUAUAACAGUUGGAUAUUUUGGACCUGGAAGUUAUGAGAGGAAAGGAAAAUAACUAGAAGCAGCAACGGUUUUAUUUAUGUUCUUUGGGUGACUUGUUUAAAUAGCUGAAAAUACAGACCUGCUCUGCCAACAAGGUUUUAAUUUGAUUUCCAUCCAGACCCUCCCUUUUCAUGAAUGUUGUUUCUGUGCACUGAUGCCCAUCUGCUAGUAGUAAGUAGAUGAAUAAAUGAUGGCUUGCUUCCAAGAGAGUCCCACCAGAGCCAUGCCAUCUGUUACCCAGCAAUGCAGGAGCUUGGGUGGAAGGAGUUAGUUUCUUAGAAAUAACUUUUAAAGUCCCAGGUAGGACAUCGUUGUAUGGAGUAUUUUAACUUUUCUUAACUUAUUUGGAAAAAAGAUGCUUAGAAAAUUUUCUAUCCCGAACCCCCAGGUAUUACUGAGUAAUAAUACUUUGCAUCUAAUGCCAUCUUGCUAACAAGAGCAACUUCAUAUAUUUGAAUCAGCCACACUGAGAGAUGGGUGGUCUGAGAACAGGAGCUGGAACUGGAAACUUCUCCUGUGUUCUGAUACUGGCAGUGAAAUUGACUCCCCUCUGUGGCUUUGGGCAAGUCACUUAACUUCACUGACUCCGUUUUUGUGGGCUGGAUUCUAUCCUGUGUGAAGAUCUGCUAUGAGCAGGCAACAGAGAACUGGUUGCAGCUCCCUGGUUCCAUAUCCUGAGCCAGCUAAGUACUGCUGUGAUCUGUGCCAGCUGGGAGACGUCCCAAAAGGAUUGUCUGCCCUCUGAGGAUUGCCAAGAGUGCAGUUUGUGUUCCUAAUCACUGUAAGUGCUUAGAAACCAAGGCCCAACUUUCCAGAGUCUUCAAGGGACUCUGAUGGGUGGUAUACCACAUCACACUACUCUCAGUUUAUUGACUUAAUCGACUGUUUUAUAACUAAUGUUUUGUUGUAGGAAAUGAAGAAGGAAAAAAAACCCUUCUUCGCUUCCAGUCUGAUGAAAAAAAUCACGAAAAAUCCAUCAGCUGGAAGAAGAAUUAAAAACAGCCAAACACUUUCUAAAGGAGACCCAGAAUUAUGCUGAAGAGAUGAAAAAUAAGAGUUUGUCUCAGGAAAUAGAAUUGGAAGCUCAACAAGCAGAGAUUCGGGAUUUAAAAAGCAAUAAUAAAUUGCUCCAGGAUUCAGUCCAGGAGCUACAACUUGAAAAUGGAACCCUUAAGGACAUUAACAAGGCUUUAGAACAAGAAAAAGUAGACUUACUAGAAACAAACAUAAUUUUUUCAUAUAGUUUAAAGGAGAGAGAGGAAAGCAUUUCUGAAUUGUCCAGAAGACAUAAGGAGGAAAGACUGUCACUCAUGGAAAGAUAUGAAGAAAUUGAAAAGGAACUUGUAGAUCUACAAGGAAAAUACAAAUCAAAGGAAGAAAAAAAUGCCAACACUGAAGGCAUUUUAAGACAACAAAAAAGUCACUUUCAAAAGAGUAAAGCGGAAUCAGAACUACAAGAGAAACAGCAUAGGGAUGAGCGUAAUGAAUUCUUCUCUAAACUAGUGUCCUUAGAGGGGAAAAAACAAAGAUUUGAUUCAGGAACUUGAGAAAGUGCAGUCAGAGUUGCAAUUUAAACAAGCUGAGAUUGCUAAUAUCCAAAAUGUAUCUUCAGCUGAGUUGGAUUGUUUAAGACAGGAAAUGUUAAAUGUCAGGGCAGAGCAAAACAAAAUGCAAGAACAACAUAACGUCUUGCUUCAAGAGAAUGUGCAAUUGAGCAAGGUAAUAAAAACAAAGAAUGAAUCACUAGCAUGUUACCUGGUUCAUGACAGAAUGCCUACGUCAGAACAGUUGAGAGAGUCCAUGGAAGAGAAUGAGUUGAAUAAAUAAUAUCAAGCUAAACUUGAGCUACUUCAGAUGGAUUUUGAGGACAGAGAAGUGUCUGUAGAAAACUACAGCACACAGAUGGACAAUCUGAAGUCUACAAUUCAACUGAAGAAGCAAAAUGGAUUUGCUCACAGUAAAAUGAAGACGUGGAUGAAAUCCUGUAAGCAGCUAGAGAAGGAAAAAAAAAUGUUGCAGAAACAAAUUGCUGAACAUGGUGCUCUAUUAAAGGAGCAAAAGCCAAGGAUGGGGUAGUUUAAGAAGGAAAUGCUAUA